UCAACAAUGUAUGAGACAACCAACCACUAAAACACUGGCUAAAGACAUAAAAUUCAGUCUGAUUGUGAUCAUUCUGAUUACCAGUGCCCAUUUCGUAAAGGCCUGUUUUUCCCCUUUCUCUAUAGGUACAAUCGGAAGUUGCAGCACUAUGGCGUACAAAGCAGCAUCCAUGGCUUGUGUCUUAAGGUGCCUGUGCUUCGUGCUGCUUCAUUGGCUUAAUGCAGCACAAGACGAAGACCUAAGAAGUUGUAGGACCGCACCAGGCGAUUUAGUAUUUAUUGUAGAUGGUUCUUGGAGCGUCGAAGAUGUCAACUUUGAAAUAGUAAAGCGGUGGCUUGUCAACAUAACCACAAACUUCAACAUUGGACACAAGUUUACCCAAGUAGGUGUUGUUCAGUACACCGACGAUCCUGUUUUAGAAAUACCUCUGGGGAAGUAUUCCGCCACCGAAGAUCUCAUCAGAGCAAUGGAAUCCAUCGAGUACAUGGGAGGAAACACCAGGACGGGCACGGCCAUUGAGUUUGCCACGGACAAAUUGUUUGGCCUCUCUGAACGCAGUCCGAUGGGCGUUUCUAGAAUUGCAGUUGUCCUCACCGACGGAAAGUCUCAAGAUGAGGUUCGGAAGGCAGCAGAGGCCGCGAGGAGGAAAGGAGUCAUUUUGUUUGCUAUCGGUGUGGGGUCAGAGACAGAGGAGGCACAGUUGAGAGACAUUGCAAACAAGCCUUUUUCAACCUACGUCUUCUCUGUAGAGGACUACAAAGGUAUUUCAAGGAUCAUACAGAUCAUACGACAGAAACUGUGUGAAGAGACUGUUUGUCCUGCAAGAAUACCUAUUGAUUCCCGAGAAGAGAAAGGAUUUGACAUUCUACUCCAUUUAAAUCUGGCCAAAAAAGCCAAAAAGACAAAAGGAACAUAUCAUGGCACUAAAGCUUAUGAGGUGACACAUCGUAUUGACUUGAGUGAAGCCACAAGGACACUUUUCCCUGAUGGUCUCCCGCCAUCCUAUGUAUUCGUCGCCACUCUAAGAUACAAGGGAUCAGUGGCUUUGGAGGAGUGGGACCUGUGGAGGAUCCAGACACGUGAUGGGAGACCUCAAAUGGCAGUGACCCUGAAUGGACUUGAUGGCACUGUCAAGUUUACCACAACCAGUGAAUCACUAAGUGGAACACAAACUGCUACAUUUUCCCAACACACAGCCAUGAAACUUUUUGAUGAGAAUUGGCAUCAACUGCGACUGCUGGUCACAGAGGAAGAUGUCACUCUGUAUGUUGACGACCUGGAAGUUGAAUCACUAUCCUUGGAGCCUCCUGUUGGCAUUUUCAUCAAUGGAAAAACUCAAGUUGGAAAAUAUGUCAGUAAAGAAACAACAGUACCGUUUGAAAUCCAGAAGUUGCGCAUCUACUGUGACCCUGAGCAGAACAACCGCGAGACUGCAUGUGAAAUACCAGGAGUGUGUUCCAACAGUCCUGAUUACGCUGAGCCAACUGAAGAACCUUGUGUUUGUCCACCGGGACCUCCAGGACUUCCAGGAAUGAAGGGGGAACAGGGAAAUGGAGGCAAAUCAGGUCAGCCUGGACGUGUUGGUGCUGAUGGUAAGCCUGGUGUGCCUGGUAGUAGAGGAAGUACAGGGUUUCCAGGUCCACCUGGACUAAAGGGCCAACGUGGGGCAGAUGGUUUGAAAGGGGAACACGGGAGACCCGGUUUUUCGGGUGAAAGGGGUGUUCCGGGAUUACCAGGACCACCUGGGCAACCAGGAGAGAAGGGUCCAGUUGGAUUACCAGGACGAGCAGGGAUGCCGGGUGAAGCUGGACAAACGGGAGAGAAAGGGAGCAUGGGGCCUCCCGGGCCUUCAGGGUAUAGAGGAGCAACUGGCCAAGCUGGGAGAGAUGGAAAGGAGGGACCUCCUGGGAAACUUGGUCAAAAGGGAGAAACUGGGGUCAGUGGUAUCCCUGGUGCGGAUGGAAGGGCAGGCCAUCCAGGUAUGCCUGGUUUACCUGGGAUAGCAGGUCUCAUGGGACAGAAAGGAGAGGCUGGAUUUCCUGGAUCAAGAGGCCCCCAGGGAUCAGAAGGCCCACCUGGGGAGAUGGGUCCACCCGGUCUGCCUGGUUUAAAUGGACCAGUCGGCCCAAAGGGGAGUAAGGGUGAAAGUGGAAGUCCGGGUAAACAAGGGACACCAGGUUCUAUGGGAAGACCAGGGGAGCCAGGACAAGCAGGACAGCCAGGACACCAAGGGGUGCCUGGCCUGGUGGGAAGCAAGGGAGAAAGGGGACACAGAGGUGAAAGAGGAGAGAUGGGAAUAAAAGGUGAAAAAGGAGAACACGGCAGACCAGGGAAUCAUGGAUCACCAGGUCUGCAGGGCCUUAAGGGGGAGAAAGGGACAACAGGGGAUUCGGGAGAAAGAGGUCAAGAAGGGCAAAUGGGACGGCCUGGACAGCCAGGUCAGACAGGCCAGCCGGGACCCCGAGGGCCUCAGGGGGAUACAGGGCCACCUGGCCAAGCUGGACCUGCGGGAAGAUCUGCCAGCUUGAUUUCCGACAUGCACAUUCGUCAAGUUUGCAGAGAGAUUCUUCAGUCUGAACUUCCCUCCAUGCUGCUGAGCUACCAAUCGAGCAGCUGUGCCGCCUGCCACAGCCAUCCUGGAUUACCUGGUGUUCCAGGUGAUUCAGGACCUCCAGGCAUCAGGGGACUUCCUGGUGUGGCUGGGGCCAGGGGACAACCAGGCUACCCAGGUCAUCCAGGACGACCUGGUAUUAACGGGCUUAAAGGUGAACCCGGUCUGAAGGGUGAAAGUGGAAGCCCAGGACGAACCACGCACGGUGAUCCAGGACCACCUGGACCUCCAGGUCCUGCUGGUCCUCAUGGCUAUGGCAAACCGGGUACUCCAGGUAAGCCUGGGCCGCCUGGUCAAAACGGGGUGGAGGGUAAAAGUGGUAAUCCCGGUAUUCCUGGCCAGCCUGGGGUGUGUGAUCCAUCCUUAUGCUAUGGCAGCAUGAUGAGGCGGGCCCAAUACAGCAAAGGACCAAACUAUUAG